UCACAAUUUAAGACUCGCAUCUCAGACUCGGUGGUGCACAUGUUCUGAACUUUGUUUGUGUCCGUAUGCUUUGAGUUUUUCAUAUUAGGAUUCUUCUCCACAGAAUCAUCAUGAACUGUGUGAGCAGAGGAGGCUGCUACCUGGUGAACUCAUACUGUGAGCUUCAGGAGGAUAACCAGUGGAAGAAAGAGAGCUAUGAAGCGUGCUGGCUCAGCACGGUCCUUGAAACAAGACCACAAUACCGGUAGGCUACGUCUUUUCAGAAAUUUCAAAAGAUUUCUCUUUGGGCACUCUGCCUUAGUUUUGAUAGAACAAUAUGAUUUGUAGGAUAGGACACAGAGUGAGGAGUGACAUGUGGGAAAGGAGCCACAAGUUGGACUUGAACCUGGACUACCUACGUGAAUAUUGUGACCUCUCUACAAGGGGGACACUCACAGACCGCUGAGCCAGCUGGGCCCCUUUUUCUAAAAUUUAAAAUGCAGAAUUUUAAACUACUUUAACACUUUUAAAACCCCUUUAAAACACCAUAAUGCUCUGAUAUAUAUUGUAAAAAUACAGAAGAAAUGUCAACAUAAAUGGUAUUAAAUAUGAAGAUGAUGUGAGGUGACAAACCAGCAGAACCAUAGACAAAGGAAAACAAGUCACAUGAGCUUGUGGAAUAUUUACUGUAAACACAUGACAUUAUCAUGGAGUAAAUAUUGUCAGACUGCUGCUGUGUGACCAUUUCGUGUCUGGCUGUACCUUAUCCUGAUCAGUGAUGUUACUGCAGGUAUGUUACCUGUGUGCCCAGUGCAUUAAGACAGCAGUUACCCCCAACUCAAGUUAGUCAGCUGUUUUAUGAUUAUUAUUAGAGACAUUACGAUGAUCCUCAUGCUGCUCUACUAUAGAGGAGAUCAAAAAUGAUUUAUCUGAUGUGUGUGAUGUGUUCCAGGCUCACACUGUCAGAGACCGACAACAUUCGCAAAGAGAGUUACAAGCUGCAGCAGGUGGUUCACUUCAUGGUCCAGAGGUAUCCGAGCCAGACUCUGAAGCUGGGCAGCGACAUCAGAGCCAUGACGGAGCACCGGCUCCCCCUCCGCCGCAGCAGCAGAGGCUCGACAGAACAGCAGAUGGUCAAACUAGAGCAGGGGGAUAAACAGAGAGUAUGUGCUGCAGCUCAGGAUCUCAGGAAACCCUUGAGGGUGAACUUUAGAGCCUCUAGUCUGAUGUCUUCACCGAGGGAAACGUCUGGGCGGGGGCAGAGGAGGGAGUGAGUGAGGAGGUGGAGGGUAUUCAACGUUGCUGUUCAGUAAUCAUGACUGAGCCUGUUAUUUUUUUUUUAUAGAUAUAUUGUAUUUUAAAUUUAAAAUGUGCUUUACAUCUGUAAUGCUCUUAGCAUCUUAACUGUGACUUUAGGGAAAAAUGCCUCCAGUUGAUAAGCACCAUGUUUUUA